UCGCAGAGGUUCAGUAUUCUUUCGGUCGGCGGCGGAAGAAUCUUUCGGGCAUUCAAAUCCACUUCUCAAAAAAAAAAAUCUUACAGACAGGCAAAUAGAGCAAAAGCAAAAACUUUGAACCGUCGCGAGGAGUAGCGUCUCGGAGUUAAGUUGUCGAUAAGCGCACGUGUGGUCAUUGAUCGGGAAAGAGCAAAAUGUCGAUCUUCAAAUCGGUCGUAACCUUGGCGGUGUGUGUUCAACUGUGCAAUCAGGUUGUCGGCCAGUUUACAGGACCUACACUAGCCUGCGGUGGAACAUCGCUGCUGAAAACGACCACAUUGAUCUCGCCGGCCCAGAUUGGCACUAAUGGCGCGGCCACGAGCUGCAGCUACAACAUUCGCGCCAUUAAUUUACGCGUCUGUCAGCUUCGUUUGGACUUCAACUCGUUCAAUCUGGCACCGCCGACGGUCAACCCGUACCCGGCCUGUCACAUCGACACACUUUCGAUUGCGAAUUUAGAUUUCAAUUUGUGCGGUGAAAACAGUGGACAACACAUUUAUGUGCCAUUUUCUCCUACGCUGGCGAACAUGACAUUGGCCAUUAACUUCAAUCUGGGAUCGAGGAUUCCGGGACAGGUCGGACCCUACUGGAACGUGCGAGUGCAGCAACUGGAGUGUCCGGUGGGUGCAGCGUUCGCAUCAAAAGCCGCCGUCCGAGCGGAAUCGUUGGUCAAGACCUUCCACAACGAUCUGGGAGAGCUGGCUCCGACGGGCUGUCUUCAGUAUCACACCACUCCGACCGGUAUCAUUAAAUCCUUCAACUUCAACAACGGUGGACCGUACAUCGGUAACAUGAACUAUGCCAUCUGCUUCCGACGGACCCGUGCCAAUUCGUCACUGAAGCUGUUCGCCGAUGUGUUUGACCUCGCUGCCGGAGACGCCACUGGAUAUGAUAGCUCGUGUUACUCGAACAUCGAAACUCCCGGACGGUCGGAAGACUACCUACUUGUACCGGAAGGUGUUGCUCAGAUGGAACAGAACGUACGGGCGAAUCGAUUCUGCGGUCAGAGCCUUCACCAGAGAUCAGUGGAAAGUUCUUUACCAGGACCCUUUGCUCUGUACUUCAACAGCGAUUCCACCUACGGCGCCAAUGGAGCAACCGAAACCGGAUUUCAAAUGUCCUACCAAAUAGUCUGAUGGUCAGGUUAAGAGAGCAACCAACUUUAGGAAAAGGAUCAAAAUUUCAAAUCUUUGUUUUACUCUUUCUAUGGAAUCACUUAAAAUCAAAGAGAAGAAUUUAUUGAAUAAUAACACAUUUCUUGCAAGCUGAAAGUGACAUGAAUUAAAACUCUUACUUUAUACGUUACAUUCUAUUCAUGUGUACCUGUGUCAAACGAGGAUGUCAUUAAAUCAAGCAGCACUGGUGCUAAGCCUUCGAAUAAACUUAAAUAUAGUGUGUUAUGUUUUUGAAUAGUAAUAAUGCUAGUUUACUUAUUUUUAUGUCAAGUUGAAAUAAUUAUAUAGAUAAUGCUGUAAAUCUUCAGAAGUGUUCAUUCAAAGCCAAUACAUUGAAGUGUAAGUGAGGAUUUGCAUACCAUUCAAUACAUAUAUCAACAAGCAGUAACCUUAUGUUAACAGUCUUCGUUUUAAACAGGCA